GCUGGACCGCCCCUCAGCGCUCAAGGCCCGUCUGGUGGUGGCUGUGGCGGUCGCUGUUGUCCCCUGGGCUGGACUGAACCAGCCUGGAAGCAAAGGGACACACCGAGCCCGGCUGUCCCCACCCCGGCGGGGCAGGAAAGAGCCAAGUCCGGCCAAGGGAACCAUGGCGGAGUGCACGGAGCUGGAAUGGGCCGUGCAGGUGCUGGUGAACAACUUUGACAAGUACUCGAGCCGCUGCUGCUGCUGCAAGAACCCGCGGCGCAUCAGCAAGAAGGAUUUUCGCAAGAUGCUGAGCCGAGAGCUCAACCACAUGCUGACGGACACCGGGAACCGCCGCGCCGCCGACAAGCUGAUCUGCGACCUGGAUGAGAACAAGGACGGGCGCAUCAGCUUCGAGGAGUACUGGACCUUGAUAGGCGGCAUCGCCAGCCCCAUCGCGCAGAUCAUCCGCCAGCAGGAGCAGAGUGUCAAACACACCAAGUAGCCGCUGCCGGACCCCCCCGGACCCCCCCGCUCCUCCUCCCGUCCCCCCGCUUUGUGCCCGCCCCGUUCCCCCCAGCAGGAUGGGAUGGCUGCGGGUGGGAUCUGGGGGGCGAGGCUGGGGCAGCCUCGGGGGGCUCCUCCUUGUCCUGCGCCCCCCUUUUCUUAGAGGAAGAAGCUCCCCCUGCUCUGGGGCGGGGAUUCUGUCUGUGCUCAGAAAUCCCAGCACGGGCAGCACCCCCUCUGCCCUUGGGGGUCUCCCCAAAUUUGGGGGGGGGGUCUCCUUGGGCAAACCCCCCUGCCCGAGCUGGUGGAGGCUCUGCCGGGGCUCGGCGCUCGGGUUCCACCCCCGUGGUUAUUUAUUGCAGCAAUAAAGUUCGGAGGAGCA